AAAUUUAGUCGUGUCUUUGUUUUACAUUCAUGGGUUCCAAAAGAAACAUUUCAAGAUCACAUAGUAAUAAACAACUAGUUGAUUUUUCUCAACGAUUUCAAUCCAAAUCUCAUAUUGUAUCCAAUAACCAGCAACCUGAAAAUAUAUUCAAUACACCCAAAAGAGCUGCAGUUCUUAUUUGUUUAUUUCAACAAGAAGAUGAUAUUUUUGUAAUUCUAACCAAACGAUCAUCUAGACUCUCAUCUUUUUCGGGCCAAGUGUCUUUGCCUGGAGGUAGAACAGACGAAGAGGAUACCGAUGAUAUUCGAACUGCGUUGAGGGAAGCCGAGGAGGAAAUUGGGUUGGAUCCUGCACUUGUGGAUGUUGUUACUGUUCUACAACCAUUUUGGGCUAAGGGGAACAUAACUGUGGUUCCAGUGAUUGGUGUACUGUGGAAUAAGGAAGCAUUCAUUCCAGUCCCAAAUGUUGAUGAAGUGGAAUCCAUAUUCUAUGCCCCUCUUGAAAUGUUUCUCAAGGACGAAAACAGACGACAAGAGGAGGUAGAAAUUCAAGGAGACAAAUGCUUAUCUCACCAUUUUAAUUACGAAACAAAUAACAAUGUGUAUGUGAUUUGGGGAGUAACUGCUGCCAUGUUAAUGGUAGCUGCAUCGAUCAUUUACCAACGACCACCAGAUUUUCAACGAAGAAUGCCUAGAUGCUGGAACCAAAACCACAGCAGACUCUAAACUUUCGAGAAUCAGAGUGUUCAGGGCGAAGAAACGUGACAUCUGUUCUGUGUAAGUAAGUACGUAUUCGUGUCAAUUUGUUGUUUCAUAUACAGAAUGAUUUGUAACUUUAUCUGUAUUUAUCAAGAAAAUAUGUAAAGCUAUUUUUCAUGGAUUCCAGUAACUUGUUCAAAGCACACCACAGGGAAUAUAAGAGACUCUAUUAUCAUGAAA